AUGGCGCGAGGUAGACAUACUAUUGUUGUUUCCCAAACACCAUUUACUAGUGAGGAAGGUGAGCCUUUGACACCUCAUUCACAACAGUCAGUCCAAGCUGACACACAUGUGGUUGGCCAAGAGGAUACACCUAUAGAUGGCCAAGAGACUUUACCUGAUAGUUCACAAGGUUCUCAUCCUGAACCAGAAUUGGAGAUUGAUUCAGUAGGGUUUUCUGUCGGAUCUGCAGCAGCUCGAGUGAUCAUGAACUCCUUCAAGCAGCGGAUACACCCUGCAGGUGUCAUGUGGAAGACUGUUCCAAAAGAAACCAAGGACUUUUACUGGGAGGAAUUCAAGAAAAAAUAUUACUGGACUACUGCUGAGGAACUAGGGGUAAAGGUUUGUUGGCAAGCAAAGGCUGCUGAAAGGUACAAGGACAUGAUAUCUUAUUUCAAGGCAAAGAGAAAAAAGCCCCAAUAUGUUAGUGAAGAAGAGAAAGAUUUGGGUCGAAGGCCCAACUGGUAUGAGUUGUUUGUUCAAACUCAUACUCGCAAUCAUGACAAAGAAAAAUUUGUGGAUGAAAAGUCGAGGCAAAUAAAUGAAGCGAUAGUGGCUAGAAGGGAAGAGCUCCAACAAACUACAUCUGACACCAUCGAUGAGAAUCAAAUUUAUUUGGAUGUUGUUGAGGCUAGCCAGAAGAGACGGAUGGUGUAUGGGCUUGGAUCACAAUCAUCUGUCAUUUACCAUUCACAUCGAGCAUCUUCUUCUAGGGGGUCCUCAUCACAUGAUCCUCAAUCUACUGUUUUACAACAAGAAGUAGAACAUUUGAAGAAGCAACUUGAAGAAGAGAGGCAACAAAGGCAAGCAGAGAAACAAGCUAUUACAGAGCAAUUUGAGACACGUUUGGAAGACAUGAGAAAAACAAUGAUGGAGGAGAUGAUGAGAUUAGUCAGAGGCUUACCAUUACCUCUACCUCCAACUUCACCUCCACCUCCACCAGAUCAGGAUUGA